AUGGCGACAAUUCGAAAAUAUAUUGAUAUUGGUGCAAAUCUAACUGAUGAUAUGUAUCAAGGAUUAUAUCAUGGUUCUAAAAAACAUAAACCUGAUUUAGAUAAGGUUUUAAAUCGCAGUUGGUCAGCUGGAAUGGAUAAAAUGAUCAUCACUGGAGGAAGCUUGGUGGAUAGUAAAAAAGCAAUAGAUCUAUCACAUAUGGAUUCUCGAUUAUUUUCUACCGUAGGAUGUCAUCCAACUCGCUGUAACGAUUUUGUAACAGACCCUGCUUCUUACCUCAAAGAUUUAAGAAGAUUAAUAACUGAAAAUAAGGACAAAGUUGUGGCCAUUGGCGAGUGUGGACUGGAUUAUGAAAGGUUGCACUUUUGUGAAAAGGAUAUACAACUAGAAUACUUUGAAUAUCAAUUACAAUUGAGCAAAGAGUUCAAUCUGCCAUUAUUUUUGCAUUGCCGAGCUGCUGCAGAUGACUUGGUUGACAUAUUGAAAAGGAAUAAAGAACAAAUAGUAGGUGGUGUAGUGCAUUCUUUUGAUGGAUCUCAAGAAGCUUUAGAAAAAAUACUUGAGUUGGACUUAUAUAUUGGUAUUAAUGGAUGUUCACUAAGAACAAAGGAAAAUCUUGAGAUAGCUGCAAAAAUACCACAGGAUAAAUUAAUGAUUGAAACGGACUGUCCUUGGUGUGAAGUGAAGCCUACACAUCCAGGUUAUAGUCAUGUGAUAACCAAAUUUCCCUCUGUUAAGAAAGAGAAAUACUCUGUGGAUUCAGACAACCAAGUAAAGGGAAGAAAUGAACCAAUUAAUAUUGUGCAAGUUCUCGAAAUACUGGCAGCCAUAAGGAAGGAAAAUAUUGAUGAACUAGCACAAGCUAUCUAUAAUAACACCUAUAAAGUCUUCUUUAGUAAUAAGUGCAAUGUA